AUGAUUAUUUCCCUUAUUCCUAAGGUUGAUUCUCCCUCUAAAGUUGUUGAUUAUAGGUUGAUUGCCUGCUGUAAUACUCUGUGUAAAUGUAUUUCGAAAAUGUUAUGUGUGAGAUUGGCUAAAGUUCUUCCAGUGAUUGUUAAUCAAAAUCAAGGUGCGUUUAUUCAGAACCGCUCAUUAGCGCAUAAUAUUCUCAUAUUUCAAGACGUUUUCAAAGGCUAUUCUAGGAAAAAUGUUUCGCCCCGUUGUGUGAUCAAAAUGGAUCUUAGCAACGCUUAUGGCUCUAUUGAUUGGUACUUUUUGGAGGAUCUUUUGAAAGCUUAUUGUUUUCCUAGUCGUUUUAUUCAUUGGAUUAUGGUGUGUUUGAAGGGCACCUCCUAUACUCUGCUGAUGAAUGGAAGAUUGCAAGGGGGUUUUAGUGGGAAGAAAAACUUAAGACAAGGAGACCCUAUAUCUCCUUUACUGUUUAUUUUAGUCAUGGAGUAUCUUACUAGACUUCUUCUUCAGGCUACUCAAAACAAGGAUUUCAGAUUUCAUCCUCUGUGCAAGCGUUUGAAUCUUGUCAACUUAUAUUUUGCGGAUGAUCUCAUCUUAUUUUGCAAAGGUUCUCAUCGGUCUGUUCAAAUCAUUCAUGUUGGUUUUACUAAGUUCAGUCAUGAUUCUGGGUUUGUAGCUAAAUUGAAUAAAUCCCAUAUUUACUUGGAUGGAGUCACCACUGAUGAGAAGAAGCGUAUUAUAGAGUGUGUCAGAAUAGAGAAGGGGUCCUUUCCUUUAAAGUAUUUGGGUGUGCCUCUUCGACCUACAAAAUGCAAGGCAGAGGCUUGUGGCUUGAUCAUUAAAAAGCUUUAUAGUCGGCUUCAUACUUGGUCUAGUCGGCAUCUGUCUUUUGCAGGGAGAGCUCAAUUUAUUCAUUCUGCUUUGUUGGGAACUUCUUUAUCUUCUUGGGAUCAGGUGUGUUUACCUAAGAACUUGGGUGGAAUUGGCUUUAAAGAAGGAUCUAAAUGGAAUAAAAUUUUGCUAUCUAAGUAUGUUUGGGCAAUUUCAUCUAAACAAGAUUUGUUGUGGGUUAAAUGGAUUGAUGUUGUUUAUCUCAAAGGGCGGAGUUUUUGGGAGUAUAGAUUAAUAGUAGAUGUAAGUUGGUAUUGGAGGAAGUUAGUUAAGUUGAGAGAUGUUUUACCUCUUGAUGCUUUGGAGGUUUCGGUUAUCAAAGACAAGCUAAAUCUUAGUCUUCUGUACAAUCUUUUGAUUCAGCGGGAAAAGAUUAGUUUUGAUAAGGUUGUCUGGUGCAAGCUUGCUGUCUCGAAGCAUAGGUUCAUCUUAUGGCAAUCGGUUCAUGGUCAUUUGAUUACUAGGGAUAAUCUGAUGCUUUGUCAGAAGGUUAUGCAUCGGAUCAGCAGGUGGUUAGGUUCAGCAAUUUGGCCUUCUAAGUACUCAUAUUGGCUUCAGUGGAUGGUUGGGAGACCCAAAGAGCUUUUGCAAAGGAUAGUCGUUGCUGCCAUUGCUGCUGCUAUUUAUUACAUUUGGCUCAAUUAG